UGUUGAGGAGCACCGCCUGGUGCAUGCGUUCAUCUCUGUGUGUCUGUAGUUCACUUAACUACACUGCUGCCUGUGUGACAAGAGAAUAUUUGCUCAUGCACCGAUGGUUGUGUUGACCAUAAGAAAUGCUCACAAAAGGAAAUAUGCACUUAUCUGUCUGUGCAUUCUUGGCUUCAUCGUGUACAGAUAUUAUGGCAUGCCGGCGGGGGGACGGCGGAUGAGCAGAAAGGUGGGCCUUAGAGCCAACUCGUCCCAGUUCACCCUGGAGGGAGAGCCCUUCCGCAUCCUCGGGGGUUCCAUCCACUAUUUCCGUGUGCCCAGGGCCUACUGGCGGGACCGCCUGAUGAAGAUGAAGGCCUGUGGCAUCAACACCCUCACAACGUACGUGCCGUGGAGUCUGCACCAGCCGGAGAGAGGGGUUUUCAACUUCCACACACAGCUGGAUUUAGUAGCUUAUAUCAACCUUGCGGAUGAGUUGGGAUUGUGGGUGAUUUUGCGUCCAGGGCCUUACAUUUCCUCCGAAGUGGACCUGGGAGGACUGCCGAGCUGGCUCCUCCGUGACGGCAGCAUGAGGCUGAGGACGACUCACCCAGGCUUUACUGAGGCUGUCAAUACUUUUUUCGAUAAGCUUAUUCCAAAAGUUCUUCCACUUCAGUUCAAGAAAGGAGGUCCCAUCAUUGCAGUGCAAGUUGAAAACGAGUAUGGAUCCUUUGCAAAGGACGAUAGCUACAUGAUUUUCAUUAAAGAGGCCUUACAGUCCAAAGGGAUCAGCGAGCUCCUGCUCACAUCCGAUUACCACAACACCUUAAAGUCUGGGGGUGUGGAUGGAGCUAUCAGAUCAGUGAAGCUGCAGAAGCUCAAUCAGAGGGACAUCCAGGAUCUGAACGCUAUCCAGCCCAACAGCCCCACCAUGGUGAUGGACUUCUGGACCGGCUGGUAUGAUGUGUGGGGCGACCUGCACCAUGUGCUCCCCCCAGAGGAUAUGCUGUCCGCCGUGAGAGAGAUUCUGAGGAGGGGCAUGUCAGUCAACCUCUACAUGUUCCACGGAGGCUCCAGUUUUGGCUUCAUGAGCGGAGCACGCGCUGACCCUUUAUACAAAGCGCUGGUCCCCAGCUAUGAUUAUGACGCUCCCUUGUCUGAGGCAGGGGAGUACACCCCAAAGUACCACCUUCUGAGGGAUUUACUUUCUCGAUACAACAGGGGGGGCAUAUUCCCUGACAUGCCAGCCCUGCAUUACAGGGAGUCUUAUGAACCUGCUAUCAUGUACCAACACCUGUCAUUAUGGGAUGCUUUGAGCUUCACUGAGGGACCAUUUAAGUCACCCAAGCCAGUAAGCAUGGAGAACCUCCCUGUGAACAAUGGGAAUGGCCAGUCCUAUGGAUACACGCUGUAUGAAGCUACCGUCACCAGUGGAGGAUUACUGAAGUCUGGGGACAACGUUCGAGACCGCGCCCUGGUCUUUAUAGACAGAAGCUACAUCGGCCUUUUCAAGCGCCAAAGCUUAGAGCUGGCGGUUCCUGAUGGUAAGGGACAACGUACAUUGAGUUUAUUGGUGGAAAACUGUGGACGAGUUCACCAGGGAAGGGACCUUGACAAACAGCAUAAAGGCCUUGUGGGAGACAUUUUUUUAAACAAUAACCCCUUGCGGGAUUUUACAAUAUACAGCCUGGAUAUGAAACCCAGCUUUAUUGAUAGUCUUUAUCAGGCACCUUGGAAAUCUUUUCCGGCCACUCCGAGCUUCCCUGGAUUUUUCAUGGGGAGGAUGUUUGCCUAUGGGUAUCCGAGUGACACCUUUGUGAAGCUGCUCGGCUGGGAGAAAGGUGUUGUGUUUAUCAAUGGACUAAAUCUGGGCCGCUACUGGUCAAUUGGGCCACAGCAGGCUCUUUACCUCCCUGGUCCCUUUCUCAACAGUGGAAUCAACCAGGUCAUUGUGUUUGAAGAGAAGGAGGGUGACUACAAGGUCAACUUUGAGGAUACGCCUGAUCUUGGCAUGGCAGCAGACAUCUAAUGAAUUGUCAUCCCAGCCUGUAUGUGCAAUGUUAUUGCUUGUUAAUUCAGGUCGAACAAUAAUAGGGAUGUCAUUAUUUAAAUAUCAUGUCCCUUGUCUGAUAUUAUACCAUACCAUCUACAUAGGCACAUGCACAUUUUGAGAACAAACACAGGCGUAUGGGAACACUUUACGGCUAAAUACAUACAGUACCUUCAGCUACAGUGACUCUUUACAAUUACCAAGCAUAUUCUCUUACCCGUGGAUUUCCACUUAAAGGGAGACACAUAUUUCUGUUAGAUUUGUUAUUUUGUGUGUGUGGUUAUACUGCAGAGCGCAGUCAAUGAAAUCUUCUGUGAAACAAAAAAAGGGUUUAUGAAACAAUCUGAGAUAUGAGUCAACUUUCAAAUGACACAAAACCACCAUUAAAUCAUCAUCUGACCCUGUGACAUUACAACCAACAGCCACAGUCUGAGAACAUGUAAGCAGUGCCAAUGUAAGUCAAUGGGGUCAAUGGUGGGAACAAAUAGAUUGUGUAAUACAUCUAUUCAAAAAUAAUGCACAUUCAAUCUUUUGAGUUAUGAGAUUUGCAUCUCAUUGACUUGCAUAUGACUUGCACACUCACGACUAACAGGUGAAUUCUGAG